GGGAACAAUCUUACUUCAACGCCGCGAGCACGUCGGACUGCCGCCGUACCCUCUUGUGAAUAUCUAUCGAUAUCGUUUUCCUUUCCGAAGCAUUCCUAGUUUAUUGCGGAUGCUAGUGCGCUGAGAAAGAUGCGGACAAGGAAGAAAGAGCGAAAUUGCUGCUUAGCAUUCAUUUCAACACCUCGCUCAUUACGACGUACAACCCGAUCGUGGGGCCCGAGAUUGGACCUCGUUUCCUUGUUCUUUUGACAAAAUAGAGAGAGAAACCUCAUGAACGGGUUCUGCUACGAAGGAAUACAUCCCUCCCUUGAAAGGUCUUGAAAUCUUCUGGGGAAGAGCCAGGAUGGGUACACUGUAACACCCUCUUUCCCCCGCCAACGGGAUAUCAUCUUCUCGAGGCCACGUUGAUAGAGACCCAUGAUGGAGACUAAGUUGAGCGAUAAGUGGGAGAUGCAGGAGAGGUCGUAUCCGAUGAUAUUGAUAUGUAGGAGAAGAUUGCAGACGUUCGGUGCGUAGAUUUUUCAACUCGUACCCCACCGGACCUUUCCACCGUUUCACCUGAAACACGUCAGCUCCACUUGGAAAACCACUGGAACUGAGGUGGUUACAGCUUCUUCUCUCAAGGCUACUUUUCCUUCUUUCCUUCCAGCAAAGUAGCUGCCCCAGUGCUGUUCAGUGACGUUGGACAAGCUCCACCUGAUCCGCUCGCCUUUGCAACGAGUCAAGAAAUUGACCUGACUUUCGACUGCUUCUCGUGCUAUAUAUGUAUAGAGUUGAAAUUUGGGACCCCUAUUUUACCUAAUUCGAUGAGGACCUUACUCCUACAGAACUUUAGGCUCCGAUCACCUUUCCAUAUUUCAGAUUCUCACUUCCCGCAUCCCCAAGUGUCUUAUCGAUGUAAUCUGCGACACCACAUAAGCCAUCGAUUUUCGCGGAGUUCACAGCGUAUCCUCUGUCGUCCGAUAAGCUCAUAUCAUAUCCUUCCUUCAACUUCUUCCAUCAUUAUAGACCCUUCAUAUUCUGGGCGUAGCUACCAGCUACCGAAAGGACCAGGACGUGGCUUCUUGAUGAAAACUACGCCUCUGAGUUUGGCGUAGAACGUCCGACCAGUCUUGGAUUAUGUUAUUUUUCCGCCUAUAGACACCUUGGAUCCCUGAACCAUCUCAGAGGGGUCUUUAUCUAACCCGUAGGACCUCUUUCGCAUACUCUGUACGUCGUAGUUAAAGUACUUACUGCGAUUCGAUCGCGAGAAGUUCGACCAAACUCCGUCAUCCGCAUUUUUUGUACCAUAUUCACCAUUGUUCCUUUGUCGAUGUCUCGGAUGUCUUGCCGGUGGUGGUGUUGACCAUGAUUGGACUUAUUGUUCUACUGCUUUGGACUUGAAUUGUGGAUUGUGGUAUUUGCUUCAUUCGCACAAGACUGACGCUUUGUCCCACAACAGGUCUAUAGUAUAAAAGAUAACAGGAAGAGCCAUUAUGAUUAACAAAAGCUUCACCCUUGAGGUUCAAGGCACCCCCCGAGUUCCCUCCUUGUCCCCUUCCUUUCAAGCUCACUAUUCGUUUCCGAUCUUUUUCCGAUGGCUCCUAGAGUCUUUCCGAUCCAACUUACUUCAAAGACGACGACGACACGUCUCAAAUCCCCCCUGCGCCGCUUUCAAACCUUUUUCUGUCGUUUCUUUCGGAAACUGAAAUUCUCAUCAAAUCGAGGGAGUGGGAAUUCACCGGCACCUACCCUUGUGCAGUCCGGCGGCGAACACGACUACGACACGUUGGGUGGUUCUGGAUCCUUAUCUCGAGCACGGUCAUGCAGUGACCGUAGUUCGAUAACGUCGUGGAUCGUUGUCCCUCCUGUCUCUAGCGGUGGAACAACCCCGAGGCAGCCUUCAGCGAGGCCAGGAGACGAGUCGCAGUCGCGACUGCCAAACCAUCAGGAUGAACAACAAUCUGCCAGGGUUAGCAGAAUGGCAAAAGCAGGUUCAAGAUUGAUUUCUCAGCCUCGGCGCUCGAACUCCAGCCCCUCCCCACCUCCCCAACUCCGUAUUCUACAUCCUCCUCCUUCUUUGGAUACCAUCGGGCCUGAGCUCCGACCUACUGCUUGCACAGGAAGUUCUGCCUUUGUGAAUACCACAGCAGCGUCUCGCAUGUCCCCCCAGCGUACGAGAUCUGGUAGUGUGGCUUCUCGCCGACGCAAGGAGGGAUUGACAAGAAACUCUAGCAAUAAUGCCAUCCGACCACUUCGGCCACCACCGUGGCAUUACAGGCUUCGUCGUUCACGACUCGUCAAAAGGUCCGUUCCGGAGCUUCAGUUUUGCACGAAACAUUCUAGGUAUCCGUGUAGUCAGUGUAAAGUCGGUACGCGAGAUGAAGGGGAUCGUGGUGUGAGUAGGGACUGUUUAUGA